AUUGCCUCACUAUACCGCUCCUAUCAAUGAAAUGGAGGUGCAAUCGAUAUUUGAGAAAGCUUGUGCAAAGAGAAUGAUUACAUUGUUGCUCGAAGUAAGGGAACAAAACAAUAAGAUUUUAGCCACAAUUACUAAACAGGCACUGACAAAUAUAACCGACUUUCUUGCACCGGACUUACCAGUGAAUUUACCAGUGCAAAGCGAAGAAGAUUUGAAUGAACUUUGCAUAUAUCUUUCUUGCAAAGCUAAUGUUGAGACCCUGGCUAAAUAUUUGUCCUCGGUUGGAGGAAGCAACUUGAGCAACAAAAUUAAUAACAUAUUGAAACGUUGUAUUUCAAACGAAGUGGCAAGAAACUAUAAUUUUCGAGGGCGCAGGGAGGGGAAGAGAGCUUUUCAGGACUUGCCAUUAAAGGAAGUCGUAAUACGAGCUGCUAAAUUAGGACAUCCAGAUUCCACAGAAAUCGAUAUAGAGAAUUACAUCAAAGUUUGGCUUAAACAUGCCCCCCAAAGAUACAAAGUAAAGGAACACAAACUGGAAAAACUUAAUAAAAUUGUAGAUGUGUCAUAAUUUAACUUAACUACGAUUGUGAAAACAAUGUGAAAUUAUAUACAUACCUAUAAUGUUUCUUUUACGUAACAAUAAACAUGUUUUGAGGCUUAUAUUUAA